AUGACGAUCCUCGUUGCCGUGGUGGCCGCCGUCGUGGUCUUACCAGCAGUGACCGGAUUUCCAAGUUCGAUUUGGGAAGGGACGCCAGUGGAUUCCGUCCGUUGGUCACCGGACGGUGCUGUGUUGGUUUCAGGUUCUGAGGAUUAUUUGGUGAAAAUUUGGAAUGCCACCACUGGGAAAUGCCUGAAAACACUUGAAGGCCACACAAAUGAUGUUUGGUCGGUAGUUUACAGCCCCGAUGGUAAGCAGAUUGCUUCCUGCAGUGAUGACCAGUCUGUGAAAAUUUGGGAUGCUCGGACUGGGAAAUGUCUGAAGACUCUCUUAGGUCACACAGAUUCUGUUCGGAAAGUGGUUUAUAGUCCAGACAGCAAGACGGUGGCCUCUUGCGCAUGGGACCACACCGUGAAGAUCUGGGAUGCCAGCACUGGCCAGUGCUUGCAGACCCUCAAGGGCCACAGAAAUGAUGUUUGGACGGUGGCUUAUAGCCCAAAUGGCAAACACAUUGCAUCGGGAAGUGCCGACCGCUCCAUCAAAAUCUGGGACUUGUCUACUGGGGAAUGUGUGCGCACGCUCAAGGGCCACAAAGAUUACCUGAGGUCGGUGGUUUACAGCCCUGACGGAAAGUAUCUCCUUUCAGGCAGCGAUGAUCGCACCAUCAAGGUGUGGAAUGUAAGCACAGGGGAGUGUUUGCAAACCCUGAAAGGUCACACAGAUUACAUUUGGGAAGUGGCCUACAGUCCAGAUGGCAAGCGCAUUGCCUCUGGCAGUUGGGAUGAAAGCAUCAAAAUCUGGGACGCAGCUACUGGGAAGUGUUUGAAAACCUUCACGGGCCACACCGAUGUGAUUGAUUCUGUUGCAUACAGCCCAGAUGGCAAGCACCUUGCUUCUGGCAGUGACGACUUCUCCAUUCGGAUGUGGGACCCAGAUGCCGAAGCUGACACCGUUCCAAGUUCGGGCAAGUCGGCCAAGGAGUUUCCCCAGAAGAAGACAGGGCGGAAAUUUGUUGAAACUUUGUUGCUCACCUUCCUCCUGCAAGACGCAGCCUCAAAGGUUGUCAAAAAAUGCACUCAGGCAUGUCUCGAUUACUCUUUUCUCUUUCAGUCACAUGCAGCACAAAGUCCAUUGCUCACUGUCUAUCGCCUGGAUGCUUCUGAACUUUGUGGAGUAGUGCAAGAAGCAUCUAAACGACGUAUCGAUAAUCGUGAGGUUUGGGAUGCCUUGUUGUAUCGUGCAAGUCUGCUCCGUGGUGAAUUUAGGGCUCGCGACUUGGCAGUGACCAUCGAUUCUUUGGCCAGAAUCAGGUACAAGGACACGGCCGUGUUGGACUACUUGUUGCAAGAGGUUCGUGGCAAAGCCCGGCAGUUUAUGGUCCGUGAUGCUUCGUUGCUCUUGAACGCUCUGGCCAAGUUCGGCCUUCGGGACGAACUCCUGUGUCAAAGCCUGUUGCCUCCACUUCUGCGUCGUAUCACCGAAAAAUCCAAAUGGGAGGAGUUGUCGCUGCUGGCGCUCUCCUUUGCCAGACUCUCGGAUCCUGGAUGUGAGCCAAUCUUCGACCAGAUCGUUGCAUCACUGACGCCACGUAUGCAUCGCAUCGAUGACGGCCAUACGCUCUCGUUGCUUGCAUGUGCAUUCACUCGCACCACGGGGAGGAACUUUCAGAUCGAAGGUGAGAUCGAAAAAGAAGGGGGCACAGCUGAUCUGAUAGGCGCCAGAAAGAGUCGAAACGAAGAGUCUGAGUUCCUGCCGCUCUUUCAAAGCGAGGUGGGUGAGCUAACUCACCUGGCCUUUGUGGAGCUUCUGCUGGAGCAGUGCGAUCGACACAUCUUUUCGUUCAAAGGCUCCGAUGUCUUACACCUGUCCCUGGCCCUGGUCAGCCUGGUGCGUUCCAACAACGACGAUGUCAUUCCGCCUCGAUUGUUGAUGCAUCUGCCAAAGCGAUUGAACGCCUUGUACUAUGACCUUGUGCCUGGUCAAUUUGUGCGUUUCUUGGAGCUCUUCCAGUACCUUCCAGAGAUUGAGGCUGCGUGCAGCCCUCGCAUUCUAGACGAGCUUGCCUACAGAGCCCGGGAGUUACUUCCGCGGUCAUGCUUGCCAAUGCUCCGUGCUGCCGUGCGGCUGAAUCACGCCCGGGGCAGCUCGGUGGCCGCCUGGCGUUUAACGCGCAGCGAUGCGGCUUUGGGGGGCCCAGCGGUGCUCACGACCUCAGAGAUCUGUGAAGUUGCUGGGAUGCUGACGGAGGCUGCUGUCCCUCACAGGUCAUGGUCACUCUCCGUCCGGCAGAUGCCACCAGGUGUGACCUCGCCGGACUUGCUGUGGGAGGCCAGAGAAGCCUUGCUGCUCCAGUUGCAGGGGCUGCAGAAGCGUCACGUGGAUCCAAAGCCAGCCACGGCGGCAAUGUUGCUACGCUGUGCUGCCAUGCUGUUGGUUCGGGAUACGCACUGGUUUUACCUUGGCCAAAAUCUACUGGCUCAGCAGCCCUUGUCUACCAAACAUCCGGACGAGCUGUCGGAGGUGGAUCUUGCAAGCUCGCUGCUGGCGCUGGCACGGCUGUCCUUUGCACAGCUGGUGGAUGCUGGGAAGCUGUUCUCUCGGACCGCCAUGGUGCAGUCGCCGGAGUGCGCCGCUGCUGUGCUGGAGGCUGCUGCGAUCUUCAGCUUAACCGAGCAGAAACCACAGGAUCUGUCGUCUUCAAAGCUGGCGCCCAUGGUUGCGCUGAUGGCUGAUAAGUUAAGGAACCUGCCCAGAGAUGACUACGAGAGCGAGGCCGCUGCGGUGCUACCACGGCUCUUCCCAUUUUCUGGGCGCUUGGCCAACAUGGCUGGUCCAGAGGUCGCGGAAUGGCGAAGAUUGGUGACCACCGGCACCACCAUGGCGGUGGCGGCAUGCACUGAAGCAGAGAGGUUUCAAGAAGUCGUCUUGCAGGAGCUAUCUACAUGGCAUGGGGUGGAGCUGGAGACAGAUCUCACAGUGGGUCCAGUGCACGUCCCCUUCGCCAUGAGCUUGGUUCAACUUGCCGCCUUUGUGAGGCGACAACACGGACAGCUGGAUCCCGCCGAUGUGUCCGCUAGCGAGGACCUCGAGCAGCCCGAGCAACUCGAGCAGCUCGAGCCUGAAGAUGAGGUCCACAAAAUCAGCCCGCAAAGCGGGCGAUUGGCCCGAAGAGCCAAACGGAAGGCCCAGCAAAACAGCAGGACAUCGCCAUGCUCGACUGAGGAUUUUAACUUUGCAGAUGAUCAGAUCUCACCAAUGAGCGCGACCUCAUUUGCAAGGCCCGAGACCCACUUGCUGCUGCAACUGUUGAGAUAUGAGGACUACUACCAUGCAUCGCCCUCGCUCCGUGGCGAGCGUCAACGAGCCAAAGGUCUCUUGCUCUCAGCAGAACGCCAUGCCGAGAUCCAACUGCUGCGGCAGAUGGGUUGGUCUGUGAUUUGUGUGCCAGAGCAUCGGUGGCAAGAGGACUCCCAGGCCAAUCGGGAGAUGAUCUUCAAGCUAGUGGCUGAUCUCACAGGCGAUUCAGGAUGA